AUGUCUGCCUGGAGAAAAGCCGGUUUGACCUACAAUAGCUACCUGGCCGUUGCGGCCAGGACCGUGCGCGCGGCUCUGAAGAAGGAGCUCCAGAGCCCUGCCGUCCUCAACCGAUCUGUGACGGAGGCAAAGGUCAUCGACUACGCCUCCAAGGGCUCCGCCGCGGAGGCCGUGCCGCUACGGAAGUGA